GUACCACACGUCGCCUUCCCCAGCCCCCUCCCCUCCCCUCCCCGGGCCGGGCUUCACCUCGCCGCUCUGUAAACACGCACUCGGCCACUUGUUCAUUGCUCCCGCCGGCAGAGAGUCGAGGCGACACGGUGCGAGGAGCAGCAGCAGCGAUGGCAUCAGGCUCAGCAGGGGGUGAACAUGGAGCUCAAAGACAGACGGGAUCGAGAGACGAUGGAAGUGGGCUGGUGCAAGUGGUGGCCUCAGCCAUCCCCUCCGUUGAGCUCAUUGAGGAGCCUCCUUUCACCCAUUGCCAGGUAUCGAACUCUGCAGAGAGCACUGGCCGGCGCCAUUGCGCUGUUGACGUUGCUGCCCAACCAAAGGAUACGAGUGAGGUGGAGCAAGACACAAACUCGCUGGGAUAUACAAACAGAGCCUACGUGGGAGAGCCUCCUCCAUAUUCACCACCAGAUCCAAAGACAUUACACCUGCUCUACCCUUCCUUCGGGACCCCUUUCACGAGACAGUUACCUGUUGUUUACCAACCAGGAGCACAGGAUCAAGUCUUCUAUCAAAAUCAGCAAGCCCUUCCUGGCCCCUAUCCCUACUCAAUUUAUAAUUAUCCACUGCCUGGAUCAGCACAGGAACAGAGAAGAUCUCCUAAGGACUACAUGGUGGAAUCAGUUCUGGUCACCGUCUUCUGCUGCCUAUUGUCAGGAAUUCUGGCAAUCAUCUUCUCACAUGAGACCCGGAUGGCGAUACACCGAGGUGACCACGUUCAUGCGGAGAGCACAUCGAGGAAGGCGCGGACGCUGGUGUUGUUCAGCCUGCUCUUUGGUGUCUUUGUGUCCAUUGGGUGGGUGAUAUACGUGGUGGUGGCACUUUACUUUGCGUGACACGGAUUGGCGGUCGACAGGCUGGCCCCUGCAGGAGUUGGUGUGGAGUCCCAUCGGGUAAGCACCGGCCGGUGUGGUUUGGGACAAACCUCGUCUGAGCAACACGGGCUGGGAGUUUGCAUUGUUUCCUUUCAAACCUCGUUGAUAUUGGUCCAUGGAACGAGGGCACCCCUGGCUGGUAAUACUGCCCAGCCCAGCCCACCGGCGAUGCCCUUGUGAACUGCUGCAGUCUGUACACAUGUGAUACUGUGAGGAAGCUCCACGACUUUAUAGGGAAGGAAGGAAGGGCUGUUCUACCCUGCAGCUGGGAGCUGGGUCACUCAGAGGAGAAUGUGAGCACUGAUGUUGCCCUCCACUCAGUCUCUGUCCUUCCAGUUGGUGAAGGUGAGGCCUGAUUCGGAAGAGGAAAAGAUCACAGCUGAAAAAGAUCCAGCCUUAGAGAGUGACAGAUACUGAUUGUUUGUCAAAGAAUGGUGGUCUUGAAUUGUUAAUGAAAGUGGCCCGACGGUGCUCCCCUUGGCCAUGGUUGAUGCAGGCUUCCCAGUACAGCCCAAUCUCCAGCUGAUCCAGGACCUCAGCAUUCAUCUCCAGCACAUGGUUCCAAACAACCCAGUGAGACAGAUCAUUUAAUAAUUUAAACAGCGGUCGGUGUCACAGCAACCAACAAGACUAGUCCUUUCUUGCAUCAGAGUGUGUGUACUUUUCUCACAGGAUAGACAAGGGAACAGAAUGGUUCACCCGGAACAAUUUUAACAUUUAUGCUUGAUCAUAGAGCCCCCAUGAUCUGUCCAUGUAUUGCCCAGUCCUGUUUUCUCCUGAUACUAAGGCUAUGCAGGUCACACAAUCCUUACCCCCCCCCCCCCCCCCC